AAUCACUGAUGCAAUUCAAACCAACUUUUGGGUCGAUUUCCCUGCAUUCAAAAUGUCAGCAAUGCAGGAUGACUUUGACAGACUCGGAAUAUUCAAGGAAAUGUCCUAUAUUACUAUACGUGAUCAGUAUGAUAAAAAAGACAGUCAAAAAACACGGUCAGCAUUCAAAGGUAAACAAAUGUAUUGCGAUGGAUCCAAAGAAAAGUCUGCGACAGCAGAUGGCUAUUUCGGGCCUUUCAUACGCAUUUUUAAUGGUGAUAAUAAAAUUGAUUAUGGGAGGCUUAUUCGAAUCCAAAGAAAGGAAAGCUCCAAGAAAAAUAAAGGAAAAGCUUGGAUCCCUCCAAACGGAACACAUCAUCUUCUUGGCUUGGGCAGCACCAUAGACACGUUUAGUGGACCUAUACCUUACUUUAAACCAAUAACUAAAUUGAAAAGUCAAAGAGUGCCCCAACAGAAAAAUUUUUACACUUCCCCUGGUAAAAAAGGCUGCGGCUCCUAUAUUGACAUAACAAUAGGAAAAUACCCAAGUUAUAAGAGUGAUCCUUAUGACAAAAAACCUGACAAUGAACAAAGCUCAUCAAUCGGGAAGCAGUUUUAUCUUAGCAUGCACCCCCAGGAGUACUUCGAUAAAAAUCCUUACUAUGAAGCACGUACUAAAAAAAGGCCUUCCACUGGAUCUGUCAUCAGUAAAACGAUGCAAUCUAAAUCCGUAUUCAAACCGUCGAGUACGCCAAAAUUAUUGGGCGGAUGCAAAGAUGGUUGCUUCAGCCCUUUUCCUUAUUAUAGCCCAGACAAAUCCAAGAAAAUUGUUUCCGAGAAGUUUGACCGACCUCCAAUCAAAAUGCCAUUCUGUCCGAAACCAUAUCCUAUUAGUUCUAUUGUAGAAGUAAACAUCAAAAGACGCAUCAAUUCAUCUAAUUAUAAAAGUUCAAAUCCAUCAAUUUUUGAUCGUUAAACUUAUCAACGUAUUUAUAUACAGUUAUAUCAAAUGACAAUUAAAAUCUCAAUCAUAUAAGAGAAACUGUAUAACAAAUUGUUAGGAAAAAAAAAUUUUCAAAC